AUGGCGCCAGUCGAUCGCCGCGAACAUCGACAACAGCGCGUGCGCGGUGCUGGGCCUUCAUCUGUGCAAGCGUCUUUUGGCUUCAACUUCGGCGCUCUCAGUUCGCAACCGACCAAACAACCCUCUCUUCCACCCCAGCAAUCACCGCGACGAACACCAGCCCAGAAGACACCCAGGAGCGCAAAUGGCUCGGCACAACGGCAGAGAAGCGCGUCGAUUCAGCGUAGCAGUACAUCAAAGCGGAAAGCUACCCCAAAAGAAAACACGGUGACCCCUCAGUUGGGCAAGAGGAAGCGGGGCUCACCAAAUGCGCAGCCAGGCCCAGACGACGCGGCAGAGGAUGAGCUAAGCCCUGACCGUGAGGACGCCGUGCGCUCCAUCGAACAAAGCAGGAGGAUCGUUGGGACGGUUCUACCCAUACGCGAAGAACAAGACAACGUACCAGAUGAGCUAUCCAUAUUAGAGGAGGGCGCCAGUACUGCACGCGAGACGGUCUUCGCCAAGUCUACCGUCAUCAAACGAACGCCUCCCCAAGCAUCGUCACAAAUACGCGCAACCCCUGUCAGUGCCCGAAAAAAGACGCCUGCCACCGAGGGUGUUGAGCAAGCGUCAGCUGUAUCGCGGCGGCCGACACUACGGCGAUCGCGUUCUACGGAUCCUGGCCCGGCUACACCCAGCGUACUUCUAAACGGGCAACCCAGAACUUCUUCCGCUUCACAACUCGGCGCUAUUCUCGAGACACCAGCUGCAGCUUCAGUGGACGAAGAGAGCGAAGAUGAGCUAUCGCCGCAGCUCAAUGGAUCUACACCGCGGGUGGUUGGGAGCGAGCCACGGCCGCAGCGAACCGCAGAAGAAGAUAUUGAAAUGGACGCAGACGAGCUCUCCUCACUCGGCCAACCGACACCAAUCCAGCAAACGCCGGUAGCGAAUGGUGCGACACCACAGCACCUGAAAGAGCAACAGUCUGAAGAGCAAGCCACUCCGCCGCAGCCAGCCAAACGAGGAAGACCGCGCCGGGUAGUGGAGGAACCCAAGGAGGUUGAGGUCCCCGCAACCACGGCGACGAAGCCUGCCAAGCGCGGCAGACCCAGAAAAGAAGUCGCAGUCCAGGAACGCGAACCUCAAGCAGCGCCAGCUGUACGCGAGCCAGAAGUUACAAACAGCGAGGAGCCAACACCGGAAGAAGUGAGCGAGGUUCUUGACGAUGUCUCCCCUGACCAUGAACAAGCAUCUAUACACUCCCCCAAACCUACACCACGGAAUCAGGACGCUGUCGAAAUUUCCAGUGCGGAUGAAGAGUCGGACGUGUACGAAGAGCCGGAGCCCGAAGAGGCAGAACUCACUCCACGACCCAAAACGAGAAACCCGUCUCCCAAGCAGACACAACGCGCCAAACCUACGUCAGAGAAACCGCCUCGGAAGCGCCAGAAAUUCUUAGGGCCCAAGCAUACAAUCUCUGUCAUGCGCAUCAAGGGCUCUGCCGUCCGAGGCAUCACAGUCGCAGACACCACGCGUACCAUCUUAGAAGAAACCAUCGACCACCGCUUGGGCCGUAUGGCCGAAAAGCUGCAAGCCUCACAAGACUCCACCCGUCGCAAGGAAUAUCGAAGUGAGAUCAAUCUCUCGCUCUCUUUCAAGGAGAGCCUCAACGAGAAGUUACUCGACUUGCAGGACGCAAAUGAUCUCUUGAGCACCAACUUCAAGAAGAUCAAGUUGUUCAAACGCGAUAAUGCUGAGCUUCGUAGGGAGAUCCUCAGUCUUCAGGACAGCAGACAAGAGAUUGCUAUCGAAACGGACGAUGUCCAAGCACGAUACAACGCCGAGAAGGCCGAGGUAGAUGCCAGAAAUACCCUCAGUGAUGACAUGUUUGAGAUUGAGGCUGCGAUAAAGAACGGUCGGAAAAAGGCACGCAAAGAUGGGAGGGAAGAGGAGGGCCCCAAUAUUCCCCUUCCUAUGCUGCUCCAAAUGGUCGGCAAUGACGUCACUUCUCGAAGUGGUGGCCUUCUGGCCAAUGUAAAGGGCUUUAACAGGCUCUUGGAAAGAGCUGCAGGCUUUCUAGAGGGAAGAGCCUGA